AUGCAUUCUUUCUACUUUGCUCUUUUCUUGCUUACUUUACUUUUUGCAUAUGAUCAUACAUAUGCUGAUGAUAAAACAAGCGCAAAAGUUAGAAAAGAUCCCAGAGAUUUCACUGAAAAUGAUGUUAACAAUCUAUUUGAACAAUGGGAGGAAAAUGAUGAAGAUGUUUUACCUGAAGAUGAACGACAUGAUUUUCAUAUACGUCAUCCAUAUGGUAAACAUAAGCCACCCUCGUUUACACCGGAGGAUUUAGCUGGACAAGAUCGAGAUAAACUGAUAAAGAUGUCGAAAAAAGGGCAAACUGUGAUGAUGUUUGCGUCUGUUUCUGGUAACCCUACACGACGAGAAACAGAAGAAAUAACACAGAUAUGGUGGGCAGCUUUGAAAAAUGCUUUAUACGAUGUAGCUAAAUAUAUUGUUGAUGAUAGUCGAGUUUUAUUUCUUUUACAAGAUGGUUCACAAGCAUACGAAGUUAAAGAUUAUCUUGUUCAACAAGAUCGAUGCCAAGAAGUAACUAUUGAUAAUCGACCAUAUUAUGGAAAAGGAGCAAAAACUAGCCAAAAAGCAAAUGUUCAAGAUUUAUGA